AGAGGGCGUGGCAUGUGGAACCGGGAGGAGCUGUUUUGGGGUGUUGUGAAUCCGUGUAGCCCAGAAAUCCUGAGUGGGAGUUGUCGGACCGAUUUGUUGUGUGUUUGUCUUGCGUUUCUCAGAGAUCAUCGACACGCCUGCAACAGCUAUGCCCGGGAUAGAGAAGCUACCGAUAGAGGAGACGCUGGAGGACAGCCCGCAGACACGGUCUCUGCUGGGAGUUUUUGAGGAGGACACUGCAGCCAUCUCCAACUACUGCACACAACUGUAUCAGGCCAUGCAGAGGAUUUAUGAUGCACAGAAUGAGCUGAGUGCUGCAACACACCUGACCUCCAGACUGCUGAAAGAAUACGACAAACAGCGUUUUCCUCUCGGGGGUGAUGAUGAGGUGAUGAGUUCUACCCUGCAACAGUUUGCAAAAGUCAUCGAUGAACUCAGCUCCUGUCAUGCUGUCUUGUCCACCCAGCUUGCUGAUGCCAUGAUGUUCCCCAUUACUCAGUUUAAAGAGCGAGACCUGAAGGAGAUCCUUACACUUAAAGAAGUCUUCCAAAUAGCCAGUGGUGAUCACGACGUGGCAAUUAACAGAUACAGUCGCUUAUCCAAAAGGAGGGAUAACGACAAGUUACGGGCGGAGGUGGUGGAGGAUGUCUACACCUCCCGCAAGAAACAGCACCAGACAAUGAUGCACUACUUCUGCUCACUGAACACUCUGCAGUACAAGAAGAAGACAGCUCUGCUGGAGCCGCUGCUGGGAUACAUGCAGGCACAGAUCAGCUUCUUUAAGCUGGGGUCAGAAAAUCUCACCCAGCAGUGGGAAGAGUUCCUGGGAACUAUAGGAACCAGUGUCCAGAAUGUACGCCGGGAAAUGGAGGAGGAGGUGGGGCAGAUGCAACAGACCAUCCAGGAGAUGGAGAGGGCUUGUGAUGCCCUUUAUGCACCAUGUGACCCCGACCCCGCCCACUCACCUGUGUGUCGCAACCUGACCAGGAAGCAGGGCUACCUGUACAUCCGGAAUAAGACUGGGCUAGUGUCAUCGUCCUGGGAGCGUCAGUACUUCUUUACACAGGGUGGAAACCUGAUGCAACAGGGUCGGGGAGAGGUGGCGGGGGGGCUGGUCACAGACCUUGACAACUCCUCUGUCAUGGCCGUUGACUGUGACGACCGCCGAUUCUGCUUUCAGGUCACUUCCUUCGAUGGGAAAAAAGUGGUGACGCUGCAGGCGGAGAGCAGGAAGGAAUGCGAGGAGUGGAUCUCCACCAUCAACAACAUCUCAAGGAGGAUCUACCUGAGUGAAAAUGCAGAGGAGCUUGCAGCCAGAGUGAACCAAUCCGCUCUUGAAGCUGUGACACCAUCACCGUCCUUUCAACAGAGACACGAGAGCAUGAGACCCACCAGUAAGGGGCGAACGGGUCGAGCGAGCAGCAUCAGCUCUGUGGGCUCCGAGCCAUCGCCUGCUCUUUCUGUGCUCUCACUGGAUGCACUGGUUGCCCCAGAAACACCCAUCCAGUUUGACAUAAUUUCCCCCGUCAGCGAGGAGAACUCAGGACAGAACAAAACAGCACCGCAGUCCGGCAGGAGAAGUAAUCCAUUUGGGGAGUCAGGAGAGAGCACAGCAGAAGACAGCGAAGACUCGAUCCUCCACCAGCUCUUUAUCGUUCGCUUCCUGGGCUCCAUGGAGGUGAAGACUGCCGAGUCAGUGGAUGUCAUCUCUGAGACCAUGAGGCAGAUCCUGGCUGCCAGAGCCAUCCACAACAUCUUCAGGAUGACCGAGUCCCACCUGCUGGUCACCUGCGACUGCCUCAAGCUAAUUGAUCCUCAGACACAAGUGACGCGACUCAGGUUCCCUCUCUCCACUGUGGUGCAGUGUUCAUCCCAUCAGGACAACAAGAGGCUGUUUGGUUUUGUUCUGCAGACGGCAAGCGGGCGGGGCGACAGCAGAGUCGUCUGCUACAUCUUUGAAUCCAACAACGAUGGAGAGAAGAUCUGUGACAGCGUUGGUCUGGCCAAGCAGAUCGCCUUGCACUCGGAGAUGGACCGUAAAGCGGUGGAGAAGAAAAAGGAGGAGGAUAAGGCCAAAGAGAAACAGAAGGAGGAACUGAGCAAGCAAAGACAGAUCGAGAAGGAUCUGGAGGAGCAGAGCCGCUUGAUCGCUGCGUCAAGUCGCCCGGCCAACCCGCCUGGCUCUGAUGGACAGUUCCUAGUGCUUAGCAACAGCCAGUCAGAGGACAGUGAUGCUGGAGAGGAGGGGAAGAAGAAGGGUGAGUCUGAAGCUUAACAACACUCAGAGGAUGCAUGUUUUACCUCCCAGGCGAGUCCCAGCUGGUAAAAUCGAGACCACAGCUCAGGAAUCAGAGGAGGGGAACACCACCCGCCCAGCUAUCCGCCCGCUCGGACUGCCUGGAACUGAAAAACAUGUGCUUCCUCUGUGCAGGACUCUGAAGCUUGUGAUGGAGGCCUGUUACUCUGAAAUGGAGGAAAAAAUCUAAUACACCCUCACUGUAAAAGGGAGAAGGGGAGUAGGUGAGGAAACGCCUCAUCCAGGACUCGUGUUUUAUUCUGUGUGUUUAAAAAAAAAAAAAAACAGGAAGAAAGAAAAAAAAAACCGCUGCUUUUAUACCGGCUCCACUUUCAAGAAAAGACAUGAAUAUAGAUUAACCUCUAAGUUUCUGUUUUUCUGUUUAUUUUAUAAGAAGAGCUAACAAAAAUAUGGAAGACGUAAAACAAAAUGUGAGAAGAAUAUUGAACCUGGGUCUGUCGGUACCGGCUCUUGCAUGAGUGCACUUUGAGAGGAAGUGAUGGUUUCUUUAGCCAUGAUGAAGGUCCCAGAGGGCAACAGGACACCUCAUCCACUUUCUCCAUCAGUGUUGUUGGUUUAAAAAAAAAAAAAAAAGGUGGGGGGGGGUAAGCUGAUGAGCUGAAACUUAUUUUGAAAAGGUCAUUUAAGGAUUCCUUCCUUCCUUACAUGUAGUCACUGGCUUCAUUUCAACACAUCACAGCAGAUCUUCACUGAUUAGUCAAUUAAUUGAUCAAUAGAAAAUGAAUUUUUAGUAACUGCUAACCAGCUGUUUUUACAAACACCGUGUUCAAUUUAUUAAUAAUGUUAGAUGUUAUUUAACUGCAGAAAAAUGUGGGUGGAUUUUUCAGAUGCUGUUUAGACCAGUGGUGGAAAACUUAAAUUCUUUAUAACAUUAAGUAUAUUUUUCUUUUUAUGGAAACGGACAUAUGUAAACAACAGUUAGACCCUUAAUGCUGAUCAGUUGACACUAAUGUUAAUAUAACUGUUAAGUAAAGUUUAAAUCGACCCACUCUUAAAGGGACAUCUUACAGUCCACUCCAGCUCCAGUUUUUAUUCUUGGACUUGAGUCGUGAUUCACGGUUCAGAAUCAUCUUUAUUUCUCUUAUACUGGACCUCGAUUAACCGUUUCACUGUAGCUAUUGAUUUCUUUUUCUGGUGUGCCUCACCUAUAGAUAUAUUCAAAGCUACACUUUAAUAAGAAUAAUGGUCAGUGUUGGUCUGUUUUGGGGUUUUUUGGUGUAUUUUUCCCACAAAUAUCACUUUAAUCUUACUUAGUUACCUACAGUGGUUUAAUCCUCCAGUGAUAGAGCCUGCCUCACUCCUUGAAACCACUAACAAAAGCCAGCUUUCUUCUGAUUGGCUGCACUUUGCAAACAGAAAGUUUGAAUAGCAGAUAAUAGAUCAUAAUAAUAAUAGAUUCACUUUAAAGAUGUGUAACUCAAAACCUCCCCGAUUAAAAAUUCACAUCUUGUAAGCUAUCCAGUGGGCCGAUUCAGCCCCUUAGGUUAUAUGUUUGACACCCCUGGUAUAGACCAAAUGCAAAAAUGAAAAAUAUUUGGCCUUAGGUGUGCUUGAGCUUUACUGAUAGUACCUGAAAGCAGCUGCUGAAUGAAAGGUGUAAAGGGAAAAAUUCAUCCUGUAAGUAUUCGGACUUCCUUGUUUUUGCAUGAUUUGGUCUGUGCUCGCUCAGUGAAGAUUGCUGCUUUGGGCACCACAAAGUGAGUUCACUUUAGUUACACCAAAAUUAUCUAUUUGAUAAACGGCACUACAGAAUAGAAGAAAAACGUGUACGUUUUACUUGACCACUGCCUUUAAAGAUAAAAAGUCAACAUACUUUCAACUACCUGCGCUCACUUUGUGAUACACAUUUGAUGGCUGAAAGUUUGAAGGAUGUUUUUUUUUUUUUUUUCUUUUUUAAAAGUUUUUGACACCUGUGGAUUUGACUCCCUGACAUGAGAGACCUAUGUUGUGAUUGUUACCUGCUGAGAAAAUUUAGACCACUUAAAUUACACCUGUCGUCUUCCUUAUCGUGAAUACAACUUAACUUUUGCUCCUCUUGGUUCAAAGCUGAGCUCCAGAUGGAUCCAAGGUCCACUUCUUUGACUUUCAGGUGCCAAUAUUAAAGGAAAAAUCCGCUUUUAUUUUUAUUAUUAAGUCUUGGUCUUUCCAUGAAAAAGAUUUUAAAGCACAACCAGUAUGAACAGAAAUAUGACAAUUUGAUUUAAACCAGAAAAAAUAUUUCAAUUUAAACCAGGCCUGGACAAAUUCUGAAUUUAACUUUUUUUCCCGUAAUUAUUAGGGAAGCCAUAUCAUGCCAUAAUCAGUCCAGUAUUCCAGCAUUUCAAGCUGUUCGUAUGCAGUGUUUGUAUGUGUGUUAGUGUGCUGUAAGGGUCGGAGCCCAUGUGACUGAAAACAGAGUUUGAAUGACAGUAACGCUCGUUAAUGAGCUCUCAUACCAAUUAACCGUGAAGAUUUAAGGCCACGUCAGUGAGCCAAAGAUGCUUUUUUCUCCUCUCUUGGUCCGUUCCGGUUGUGAAUCGCUGGUCUGACAUUUGUAAAGAUGGAGGUCUGUUUAAAAUAAAUAAAUAAAUAAAAGAGAGAAAAGGACAAAAGUCCAACAAGUUUCCUCAAACUAAAAGGAGAACAUGGCUUUCUGUUUUCAUAAAAGAAAAACACUAGACUUUAAGCUCCUCUGAUAUAGUGUUGAAAAACCAAUAACCACCUGUGUGUCAUAAAAAACAGACUCCAUCUUCUUUCACAUUGCCUGCUGAGUCCAUUUGUUUGUUUCUAAUGUCUUAAUAUUUAUCAGGCAUGCGUACGUGGGUUGUUGUUUGGGGCCUUAUAUGUUCGUCGCACAUUUAUUCAUUAUUCAUUUAUUCAUCAUUUCCAGAGUGAUUCACGAUGAUUAUUUGUUUUUAAUUUUUUUAAAAAAGCUUCAUUUUCUUCAUGUAGGAAUGUAAGAGGUCACAGACACACCUCUCCAUUUGUGGGGAGGUUAAAGUAGCGGAGAUGUUUCUAAAAAGCCGAAAUCAACAGUUACUGAAGAUGAUUUUAUUUUUAUUUGAGUUUUUUGGGACAUGUGGGGGUGAGAUAUUGCUUUCUUGUUUUUGCUGUAACCAAGUGAAAGACUCGUGUUGGCAGAGCUGCACUUUACAGACGAAGUAAACACGACAGGAUUGCUGAUGUUGAGCUGUAAAUACGUUUCAGUGAUUGAUGUUCCCGUGUCAUGAUUAAUAAAAGGCUUUACGGUGAUAAUAAAGCACUAACUCCAUC